AUGAAUGAAUCUUAUGAAAGUUUAAAAAAAACUUUUCAAGAAAAUUUUCAAGAAGAAACUUUUCAAGAAAAUUUUCAAGAGGAAAUUUUUCAAGAGGAAAUUUUUCAAGAGGAAAAUCUUCAAGAUGAAAAUCUUCAAGAAGAAAAUCUUCAAGAAGAAAAUCUUCAAGAAAAUUCUCUAGAAUCUGCCUUUAAAAAAUCUGCGGGAUGGCCACUCGCAGGUGUUUGGAAUUUUUUUAACAAAGGUGCUUCUGUAAAAGGCCAUUCUUCAGGACAGUGUAAU